AUGAGACCUUUCAAAUUUCUCAACUGCCUAGCAAGCCUUAGUGAAUUUGAUGCAACUGUAAGGCAAAGCUGGGAAACUAGUAAAAGGGGACCUGCCAUGCUCAGUGUGUGGAACAAGCUCAAAGCACUGAAAAGAGCGUUAAAGCAACUAAACAAACAAGAAUUCAGUGGCAUGGGGGAGGCAACAACUGAGACUUAUAAACCAGUUACCAAUGAGGAAGUGAAACAUGCUUUAGUGGAUAUUGAUGACAAUAGAGUCCCACGGUGUGAUGGUUAUAACUCUUUCUUCUUCAAAAAGACAUGGCAUAUCUUGGGUGAUGAAGUUACUGCAGCAGUAAAAGGAUUCUUUGAAACUGCUGAUAUGUGUAAAGCCAUCAAUUGCACCACCAGCACCUUGAUACCAAAGGUUAGGAAUCCAACCAACAUCAAGGAGUUCAGGCCAAUUUUCUGUUGCACAGUGCUUUAUAAGAUAAUAUCUAAAGUUCUUACAGCAAGACUUCAUGAUGUGAUGGCAGAAUUAAUUGAUAAUUGUCAAACAGCUUUUGUACCAGGAAGACAGAUUACUGAUAAUAUCAUCAUGAUCCAUGAGUUGGUCAAAGGCUAUGGGAAGAGAACAUCUCCCCGAGAUAGGAGAUAUGCAAUCAGUUAUGGUACUACACCAGCAUUUUCAAAUAUUUUCAGCAGCCUCAGGUCUAAUUACAAAUCCAAACAAAAGUUGCAUUUACUUGGUGGAGAGAGUAACAUGCUUCAACAGCAAAUCAUGGACAUUCUAGGCUACACUAAAGCUGAACUACCCUUUAGAUACAUGGGUGUUCCACUGAGUACUAAGAGAUUAUAUGCUAUCCAAUGUAAGCCCCUAAUUGAGGGAAUGUUAAGCAGGAUUCAGAGCUGGAUAACAAAAUAUCACUCAUAUGCAGGGAGAGAAAUGAGAUUUUUAUGGACAGGAGCUGCUGAACCUACCAAGAAAGCUUUGAUUGCCUGGGAAAAAUUGUGCACACUAAAGGUAGCAGGGGGCCUGAACCUCAAUAUGGAGAUGCGGAACAAAGCAGCCAUUUGCAAACUAUUAUGGAAUAUCUGCACAAGAAAGGAGAAACUGUGGGUGCAAUGGAUACAUUCAUACUACCUAAAAGGAAACACAGUCUGGAAUACAAAGCCUAAGAGUGCAUCAUGGGUCAUCCAAAAGAUAUUCAAAGCGUAUUUCGAGGCUGCUGGAUUUACAGAGGAGGAUGUUCAGAAGAUGGAGAAAUUCUUUAUUAAACAUAUAUACAAAGCUAUGCCAUGA